ACGCACCCCGGAGACGACGCUGAACGUACUUUCGCUUUCUCAAGUUCUCUGAGGAACAGAAACUUGGCCCAAACUUUGGAGAAGGAAAACCAACCCGCACUCAACUUGUUCGCGCAGUAGCUAAGAUGGCCGAGGAACCCGCUGAGCCAACUGACCUGGAAGCAGAGGGGGCGGAAGGGAAGGCGUCGGGAGACCAGACAGACGCCAAGCCGGACCGCAGAGGAAGAUUUCUGCUGUUUGGUAAGAAGAAUAAGGAUGGCCAGACGCGCGAGCAGGACUACUCUUCUGAAAGCCAUUACAGAAUCGUUUCACCAACAUUCCAGUAUAAGAUGAGCCACCAACGAGUGGGCAAGUGCAUCAUCAUCAACAACAAGAACUUUGAUGAAAAGACGGGGAUGAACGUACGCAACGGCACGGACCGGGACGCAGGAGAGCUGUUCAAAUGCUUCAAGAGCCUGGGCUUCGACGUCUUCAUCUACAACGAUCAGACAUGUGAGAAGAUGGAGAGUCUCCUCAGAGAGGCCUCGGAGGAAGACCAUAGUGACAGCUCGUGUUUCGCCUGUAUCCUGCUAAGCCAUGGUGAGGAGGGCAUGAUCUACGGAACCGAUGGCGCCAUGCCCAUCAAGUCCAUGACAUCAUUGUUCAGGGGGGACAUGUGCAAAAGCUUAGUCGGAAAGCCCAAACUCUUCUUCAUCCAGGCUUGCCGGGGUUCCGAAUUUGAUGAUGGUAUACAGACAGAUUCGGGUCCGCCAAACGAUACCCUGGAGACAGAUGCUAAUCCAAGACAUAAGAUCCCUGUAGAGGCAGAUUUCCUCUUUGCUUACUCCACUGUGCCAGGUUAUUACUCAUGGAGGAACCCUGGGCGCGGCUCCUGGUUUGUUCAGGCUCUCUGCAACGUCCUCAACGAGUUUGGCAAGCAGCUGGAGAUCAUGCAGAUCCUGACACGGGUCAACUACAUGGUGGCCACCAGCUUUGAGUCCUGGUCUGAAGACCCACGCUUCAGUGAGAAGAAGCAGAUUCCCUGCGUGGUCUCAAUGCUGACGAAAGAACUGUAUUUCAACUGACCGCCAGCCUCACUGACUGACCGACUGACCGACUGACUGACUGACCAACUGACUGACUGACUCAAAGCAUUCAGGGAUGAUUCAGGCCCAUCAUGUCACUGCUCAUUUGGAGCACAUAUGACAUUUUACAUGUGUAGUUGGGCCCGAAAACAAGCACUCCGUGAGAAAGAGAAAUAUUAUUAGUGGCACUCCGCGUUCAUGUGCUGAUGGUGAAACUUCUUCCUCUUCCUUCUUCAGGUUAUUCUUCAGAAUAAAUGGCGUCACAUUUGAUCUGAUCUUUUUUUUGACAGGCAUGUGAAAUAUUCAUGUUAUUCCGCCAGCCCGGAAGAUUUGCCGCCACUUUUUUGUGGGUUUGGGGAAUCAUAUCUGAAUAUGUGUCUCUCCAUUUUCCAGCAUUUGCAAUAGAUGUCGAAAAGGAACUGUAUAGAGUGGACAGGAGUCUUCAACCUAAACAUGGCUCUGGCAUGUUAGCGUUGUGAGAGAUCCAAUGCAGCCCAAUGCAUUUGUAAAGUGUACACCUCCAUUACACAGUAAAAUACAUUGGAAACCACGUCUAUAUAAAUACUCACCAGGAACGUGAGCAGAGUGUUUAAAAACCCUGUGAUCGCUCGCUGCCUUGCAUAAGAGUGGGGGAAAAAGCAUCUGGAAAAUGGAUCAGAUCAUUUUCAGCUAUCUGUGUUUCAAUGUUUUCAGCUGUCAAUUGUCAGAUAAAGAAAGAGACAACAGAAAAAGACAACACUCCUCUGAGCAGAAACAUGUGACGAUGCUUUUGCCAAAGGCUCCGUGUCUCAGCCUUCCUAGCAAGUUUUAAGUUGGUAGCAGCAUGCUGGCAUCCUCAGGUUCUUUAAUGUCCCAUUAGUGGGUUAUCGUAAUGGUAAAGAAUGUCAUAUACGUAUGGCUAGGAAGGUGUGAUCUUUUGCUGUGUUGUGAUUAGUUCUAUGAGAUUUUCGGUCAAGUGCAAAGUAUUUAGUCCACUCCCACAAAAGCAAGGAUUAUUUGCAAGUUGGCAGUUUUAUUAGCCUGAUGUUGAAGACUUCACUUUCUUGUUGUUCACCCCGAAGGAAGUGAAGUUUGUAUAUUUGCAUAUAAUCAAAAUUACGCACUUGUCUUAUUAGUCAAGGUCCAACAAAUCAAUUUAUGAAAUUCCUCUUUAUUAACUUUGAUAAAUGAAAGGGUACAUACGGUACGAUUUUUACACUAAAAAGAGAAAUGUCAAAAACGGUGUCAUAAAUUUGGGAAAUAUUAUAGUGUGAAGCUGGACUCGGGGCCAAAGGACAAAUGCCACAUCAUUUCACUGUAUAUUAGUGUUGUACAUUGUCAUAACAUACACUUCACUCUGGUAAGAGAUACCCAGCAAAGUCUUCCUUUUUGUAUUUUUUAUUUUUAUUGAUAUUUAAUUUAGAAAAUCAUAAAGAAAGACAAUGUUUUUUCAAAACAAUUUGCAUAAUUUAGUAAAUUAUUUACUAUGAUGGCGUUAUAUGGUAAAAUAUAAAAGAUUUUCUUUUGAUAUUUUAGACAUUUGCUGAUGGUCAUUUCAACUUGCAAAAAGUUUGUUUCUGCAAAUACGCUGUGUUAAUUAAUGUGCCAAAGUCUGUCAAUCACAGAGGCAGCUAUUACUGGUGGUGAACUACACAAUCCACAUGUCCGCAAUACACAAAUGUGUUUACAUUAUUCACAUGAUUGCAUGUGUCAGUAAAUUAGGGGGAAAAGUUAAGCAAGAGCUUUAAUUUGUCAUUUUAUUUUCCCCUUUUCACUUGUAUCGUUAAUCAGUUGUUUUUAUUAUUAUUUUAAUAACACUUUUACAUCAUAUUUCUAGUUGCCAGAAGUUUGAUCAAUACUGGCUUAAGUUAGGCCCAGUGCACUUGUCCAAUAAGCCACAACUCGACACAUGAUCAGCGAUGUGGUGCCCAACCUGCUGAAAGGAGUGUUUGCUCCACUUGUUUUUCGAUUUGGAAUUGAGGGAGGGAGAGAAAAUAUUUUGAAGGGUAACAUUUUAAAAUGCUUUCUGGUGUUAAAUGCUGUUGUCCUCAGGAAUAUAUUUGAAAAUAUUUGGAAAAAUGAAUGAAUGAAUUACAUUUAAAAGUUUAAUCUGGCCCAAUUUCUUUUUUAAUUUGGGGCAAUACCUUGUAUAAAUAACUUCAAAAACAGAGGAAUGCUUAUGUAAACAUUUUAUAAUAUUAAACAUAAAGAAUUUA